CCACAUAUGUGUAUUUAUACUCUUGAAAAAGUCUAAUAAAAUACAUAUGUAUGCAUGUUGAUAUUUUGUGUUAUAUCCUUACCAUAACUAAUAUCUGAUUGCCUGUUGCUGUAUAAUUAACUCUAGCAAUCAACUCGGGCAACGGUUGCAGUAUAGUUAGCUCAUUCAGUACUAAUACACAAGAUGCCAUUUGUCAUCGUGAGGACGCGCUCCAGUGGGGCUAUGGUUACUAUUGACGCCCCUCAAAUACUAUUGAAAGCCCUCAAAAGUCUGUGCAUUACGAAGGAGGAUAAGGAAUUGGGUUAUAAGCCCUUCAAGUUCUCAUGGAUCCCCCCACGUGAAGCGUACCGUGGUGGUUUGCAAGGCAAAAUGGAAAAUACACACAUGUCUGUGCGCAAGAUUCUGAACACAAUCGAGGCGUAUGGCUGGGUAUUGGUAUCGACCCAUACUUUCACGGAUACGGGAUCAGAAUACGUUUUGCAGAAUAAUACGCAAAUGGCUUCGGGCUGUGUUCUAGGUGGCGAGCUUCAGGGCAUCCGCAAGUGCUCGAGCUUUGAUGAGCUGGGUGCUGACAAUGUGAAGCUUGGUGGCAACAACCCAUCAGCCCCCUCGCCUUCCACACACUCUGAAUCGCACGAACGAAUCAUGACUCACUGCCACAGCAUCUCGUCUGCCGAUAGUGCCACACACACAGAGCCGCUACAUUCGUAACAGGCCUGCCGGAGAAUAGCACGCACGUAUGUGCCUAUCUGAGAUUGAUUCCGAGGUGUGGAUGUGUGCAGGGAAUUCUUGGAGAGGGGAUAUUAUAAGCCGUGAGAACACACGUUUUAAACAUCAGUGCAGUUGCUGCACAUAGGAUGUAAAUGGGGGGUUUCGAUUACUUGUAGGCGAUAUGAUAUAUAAGGUCGAAGAGACACGCUCACGUUGCCCUGGGGUUGCAAGCAUAAGCUACUUGCAUGGGUAAUCCAUUUGCGAAGCGGAACAUAUCACAUCCUGCACAGUGCCAGAUGAUCGUCAUGCACGCAUACGUAGCACUCCACGUAUGCGUGUACAUGAGUACAACCCAACACGCCACACGCAGGUGCGCAGUUCUUCACGAGAUUCCUCGAUGCCUUACCAGACGAGUGACAAUGAUAUUCCCCCAAGUCGCAUUCGAUAUAUGGACACCGAAGUUUUGAGCAAGAGGGUAUUGCACUGUGGAGACACUUCAUGGACCAAAUAGUGCACACAAUACGGACAGAUCUGCAGUCCUGUACUGUAAGUGGGGGCUAUCAGCUGGCACCGUCUUCGCCUAUCCCUCCAUAGUUCAGGGGUACUUCAAUGCGAACAUAGAGCGUGUGCUGCACAAAUGAUACAUUCGUCAAGGUUACAACCCCGUUCCGUCCGGCAGAGCAGUUGUAUCUGGGUAAAAAUGGGCCGAAGAAUGCAUGCGAGGAGGAAGUGCACACAACUAUGAUAAUCUAAUUGGCUGCGAUCCAGCAGGAAAGUAUUGAUAAAGCAAUACAGCAUGCAUAUUCAUCUAUGCAUCGGUGCUUGUGUCUACUUGGUAUAGUCCAUGCUCUGGCGAUGGAACCGAUUUUAUAUGCGCAUAUCUAUGUUCUAGGCGGCAUCAGGUACUCGAAUUGCCAUAGUCUGGCAAAUGUAUGCUUUUACAUAUAUAAAAUGAAAAGUUCAUGAAAUAGCGA